AUGUUUUCUUUAGGAUUACCUGAAUAUAUGACUAUAUUUCCAUAUGAAGCUCAACAAGAUGAUGAAUUACGUUUUCCGGCUGAUGCUAUUUUAGAAAUAUUACAUGAAGCAAAUACUAGUGGAUGGUUUAAAGCUCGUUUUGGUAAUCAAGUUGGCUUAAUUUCAUCGACUUAUGUACAACCAAUCGAUACACAUAAUCCAUCUUCAUCUAUUCCAUGUCAACGUUCUUCAAACAUAAUUCCAUGUACACCGACAACAGCUGAUUCAUCUCAACAUCCAUUUUGUGAUGAUUCAACAAUUACAUUAAUUGCUGAUUCAUCAACAUUAAUAACUGAUAUAUCAUCUCAUCAAACAUUAAAUAAUUCAUCACGUAUAUCAGCUAUUCAAGAACUGAUUGAAACUGAGCAACGUUAUAUUAAUGAUUUACGUAUUGUUGCUAAUGAAUUUAUUAAGCCAUUAAGUAAUGGUCGAAUUUUAAAUGAUUAUGAAAUUGAACAAUUAUUUAGUAAUUGGUUUAGUUUAAUUGCAUGCAAUAGUGUUUUUCUAUCGACAUUACAAGAACAAUUACAAUACAAAGAACAUAUAGUCACAUCAAAUAUUGAUGUAUCUAUUCGAACACUUCGUUCAACAUCUAUGUCAAAUAUUGCAACGAUUGCACAAGUAUCAAUUAAUGGAAUUGAACAUAUUCAUCGUUCUCCAUCUGCUAAUAAUUUAACAGUAAUAUGUCCAAUAAGUAUUGAACGUUUAGAUGAUAAUAUUGUUCCUCAAUCAUCUCAGUUAUCAUCAACUAUGACAAUAAAUGAAUCCACACGAAUUGGUGAAAUUCUUUGUUCGCAUUUACCAUAUAUGGCUGAUACUUAUUUUCAAUAUUGUAAUUGUCAUUCACAAGCUGAUAAAUAUUUGCAAUCCAAAGUUGAUUUAAAUGAACAAUCUCGUUCGCAUUUAAAUAUUUUUCAAAAUAAAACUGGUGGAUUAUCAUUACAUGAUGAAAAUUCUACAGAUGGAUAUAUAUUUGAUGAAUUAUUAAAAUUAAAUUCAAUAACAAAAUUUGAUAAACAACGACAAUUACUUUUACAUGGAUUUUUAAUGAAGGUAUCUAGUGGAAAAGAAUUAUUAGCAUUUUUAUUUAACGAUUUUCUUUUAUUUUCAACUAUAAAAACAUCAUCAAAUAAUUG